AUGCUGGAGAACGCCGCCGACAUCAAGCUGGAGAAGUUCAGCAUCUCAGCCCACGGCAAGGAGCUCUUCGUCAACGCCGACCUUUACAUCGUGGCCGGGCGUCGUUACGGCCUGGUGGGCCCUAACGGGAAAGGGAAAACGACGCUGUUGAAGCACAUCGCCAACAGGGCGCUCAGCAUCCCCCCCAACAUCGACGUGCUGCUGUGCGAGCAGGGUGAGACCCCCCCCAAAUCCCAUAAGACCCCCACCCCCCUCACCCCACAAAACCCUAUAGGAGCCCACCAACCCCUUAGGAUCCCCAUAAGA